AUGCCAUACUCAACCCUUCAAUUCGAUAGUUGUCUGAGUAUUCUCCCUUGUUGAAAGGCAUGGCCUUCAGAUGCUUGUCUCCUCGCCGCCUUACCUACUGUUUCCUCUUCUUACUCCUCGAGGUAGUGGUGAUCAACGCCAACGAUAAUGAGGAAGUCCGGUCUCUGCUCGACAAUUCUGAAAACAGGAUACGCCAUUGCAGGGGAGGCGAGCCAAACAAUAGCUGCUGCAAAGGUAUUAGCUAUGUCCUCCAAAGAGAAAAGUGCCAGGGCACCUGCCGCCGCCUCAACGAUAUCAGCCACCCCCAGUUGACCCAAAAAUGCUAUAGCAGUGGGCUGUGCCUGCGUUGUGCAGGUUGCUCCUGCGCCAGUCCUUGA